UGUUCGCUGUUCGCCAACAACAACAGGACGAGCAGCUGGCAAUGUCGAAGGUUUGACAUUUCGAGCAGACUUUUCGCAUUUUCUUCCAAGAUUUUGCGAUGGCAACGUCUGACAGCGAAGAUUUCGAAAGUGCCGACGAAGGAUUUGACACGGAGGAUUCGCCAAAGGAAAAUCCGGAACCUUUGGGGUCUGCAAAUGCGGAUCAAAAGCAAACGUCACAAAACGACGCAAAACCUCCAGUUGCGGAGGAAAAGGUAGUCGAGCCUGACGAUGAGCCAGGUUGGGAACCUGAGGAUCUGGACGAUGACAUUUUGGAAGCCAUCACAGACGAAGACUCCGUUAAUGACUCCACGAUAGCUGUUGACCGUCUGAAAAUUGAGGAGAGCCUUCCAGUAGAACCCCAGCCAAAAGCUGAAGAAUUUUCAAACCAAAAAAUCCCUGCAGGGGACAAGGUAAACGAGGAUAAAGUCGAAGAUAAGGUGGAACAGAAGCCAAUCAAUGAAGAAACCGAGGAAACUUUGCCUAAAGGAAGACGACCAAGACCAAUAAGGGAGGCUAAAAAUGUCACCAAACUUGCUUCAGGGGGUCCUAAGAAAUUGGGAAGCAAACUUCCUGCUAGUAGCAAACCUGACUUCGAAGCAAGCAAGUCCACCGAUGAAAUUUUAGAACCAAAAGUGGAAACCGUUGUUGGAAAGAUAGAAAGUCAAGAGGACCGAGUUGAGGACAAACCAGAAGUCUUAUCUGUUUUGGACAAACUUAGUUCUGCAGCCGAAGAAUCCCAGCAGAGCUCUGGAUGGGGGAGCUGGGGAGGAUGGGGAACGUCGCUUCUGUCGACAGCAACCUCCAGUGUUUCUAGUUUGGGCAGCCAUGUGAUAAGUACCGUCAUUGACACGGUUGAGAGCGGCCUGGGGGCUCCAGACCCUGAAGAAAUUGCCAAAGAGCAGCUUGCUGAGGCAGUAAAGGAGCCACUAGAUGAAGGACCCAAAUUUGAGGCAGUUGAUGAAAGCAGCAAACCCGAAGAUGGUGGUUCUUUUCCUCUUGGUAGUUGGAUCUCCGGUGUGAGUCAGUUUGGAAAAAUUGUGGAGAGCACGGGGUCAAAGGUAUUAUCUGGUGGCCUUGACACACUGGAGAACAUAGGCAAAAAGACCAUGCAAGUACUCCAAGAUGGAGAUCCGGGACUCAAAAAGAAAAGGGCACUUUUUCAGCAAGAAAAGCCUGUUCUUUCUCAAGCCCUGCGGGAAGCAAAAGAAUUGGCAGACCAAGAGGAAAAGGCAGUUGAGGAGAAAGUUGCUGCUAGAAAAGUCCACUUCGAAACCCUUUUUGAUGACUUCCAAGGUCUUGUGCAUCUUGAGGCACUGGAAAUGCUCUCUCGACAAUGCGAAAUGAAGCUCCAAUCUUCUCUUUUAAAGUUGUCAGGAGCUGAAUUGAAAGAGGCCCAUGAGAAACUUGUUGCUGUUCGAGACGAGAGCAUUUUGCCUUCUACUGAUGACGUUGAUGAGCCGGAUGGUGACAUUGCUGAAGCUGUUAAAGAAAACAUCAAUGCUCUCCCUGUGAAGGUCACAUCUGAAAAGAUUUUAAAGAUCUGGAAUUUGUUGCAACAAACGUCAGCACCUAGUAAACCCUUGAACGAAGACUACGCGCACUGCAUUAGCACCUUAGCUGAAAUGACAUCAGCCUGUGUUGAAAUAUUCCACAGAGUUGGGGAACUAUUGACAGUCAAUGAGAGCAGAGACCCUUUGAAAGAGGCUGAUGCUCUUCAAAAGCUGACGAUCAACCUGAUAUUCUUAUUGGAGAGGACAGCUACCCUUUUGUGUGACCGAUUGAAUCAGACACACGGUGAUGACGCACAGCCCAUUAUCACUAAAGUCUUUUUGGAAGCUUCCAAUAGCAGCACCUACAUUCAAGAUGCAUUCCAGCUGCUCAUGCCUGUUUUGCAGCAAGCAGCUUUACCAUGAUUCCUAAUGCCUUUCAUUACUGCAUGAGCUUGCUUCAAAGAGUUUAACUUCAUUAAUAUGUAAACUAUCAUUGAAAUAAUAAAAAUGUUAAUUAUUGGUAA